AUGGCGCUCACGCUUAUCAUGCACCCAGGGGCCCACCUGACGGUCCGAGCCCCAACGGUGUCCGUGGCAUGGACUGAGGAAAGGGCUAUGCGGGACCACCCCGUGCUAUUGGUGCUGGGCUCCAUCGACUUUCAGGUCACCUCGUGGCUUGAGCAUCCGCUUGACGGCACUGUGGUGACUAGCACAUACAGCGAAUCGCACGCCUCGACCAAGUUUUCGCUGGACGAGCACAACAUCGUGUGGGUCGGAGAUCAGGCCUCAGUGGUUUCCGACCACUCCAUCGCAUUCACGGCCAGAUCUGUCGUUGUGUCGUCAGCCGACAAGCACGUGGCCGACCCCGCUGUUUCGUUCAAAGAACCCUCCUUCCACAAGUCCGACCCUGCGCCGACCUCCACUGCUGCCGACCCGAACGCUGGUGAUGGCGACAAGAACGUCCCGGCUCAUGAUGCCGUCCCCACCUCCACGGUCACGUCCUCUGUUCGUUCGCCAUCUGAGAGCACUUCGUCGGAUCGCGCGAAAGCUGACGGAAAAAAACGGCGGCUAUGCUCAUGA